AUGGACCCCAUUCGCCUGGACGACACCCGCGUCGCCGACUAUCUGGAUGACAAGCUGCAGACCCUCGGAGAUCUCGAAUCCCUUGACGAAUUGCUCGCCAACAUCCACAAGCAGCAUGGCGAGCUCAAACAACAACUCCACGAUGCUCAGCAGGUCUUUGCCGAUGCGAAACAGGGCUCCGUCGAGCACAACGCCUCUCUCAAGCAACGCUCCCAUGCAUUCAAUAAAGAUCUGGUUGAUAUAGAAAAGCGUUUGCUCGUGGUCACCGAGUCCGAGACGAGCGAAGAGGCUACCCCUCGCUUCGAAGCCCUUCUUGACAAUCUGCACCGGUUGGACGUUGCCAAUGCAUAUCUUGAGCUUCUGAAAGAGGUUGAUACAUUGAGCAAUGACGCCCAGUCUAAGCUCCAGACCUCAAACGAAGCCGCAUUAGCCCCGUACAAGCAGCUUCGCUCCCUCCACACCCGCCUGAUAUCUUUGCAAACAGAUGCAGAGGGCGCUGCUCCUCAAUUGCUACAUCAUGUAGGCCAGAUAACCGACGCGCUGCGGGCCAAAAUCCUAGAUGCCCUUUCCGCCGAUCUGGAAACCGUCCUGAAGAAGAUACGCUGGCCCACCCCCAAAGCCACAAUUCCAAGUCAUCUACAAGAGGAAUGGGAGAUGGCAGUCACCAAGCUGUUGGAUCUACAAACACCAGAGUUGGAGGCUACAGAUCCUACACGGGCAACAGGAGAUGUGCUUCAGCUCCCCCCGGUGCUAUUCCCUCUCGAGGUACUCGUGCAACCGCUAGAGAUGCGAUUCCGAUAUCACUUCGACGGCGAUAAAGCGACCAACCGCAUCGAUAGGCCCGAGUAUUUUCUCACCCAUGUCACCACGCUUCUCGACGAUUACAGUGUUUUCGUCGCCGAUCACAUACAGCCCAUCCUUUUGAAGCGGUUUCAAGGGACUGACCUGGCGCUCCAUCCGCUUUAUAUUGACGCAUCAUCUGCUUUCAUAACCGCGGUCUUACCCAUGUUGAGAACGAAGAUUAGCGCAUUGCUACCGAAGGUAGCGAGAGAUGCGCAGCUGUUGAGCCACCUCAUGCACGAGCUCAUGAAGUUCGAUACCACAAUCAGGGAUGAAUGGCGCUACGAUGGUGGCUUUGGUGUCGAGGGCUGGAACGGUUUGUCUGGGGAAUUCCUCGUUCAAGGUGACUGGUUUGGGCGGUGGCUGCAGGUCGAGAAAGAUUUCGCACUUGCGCGUUACCAGAGUAUUAUUGAUGCACCGGACUUUGGGGACCUUGAUUAUGAGAGUGUCGAUCCGAAAGCCACAAAGCCCACUAAGGGUGCCAUCCGUGUCAACGAUCUGCUAGAGACCAUUACAGAUCGAUAUCGUCCCCUGACCUCGUUCACGCUGAAGCUACGCUUCCUGAUCGACAUUCAGAUUGCUAUAUUCGACAAACUCCACGAGCGGCUGCAGGGUAGCCUAGAUGCAUAUCUCAGGAUGACGACCUCAAUUGGCCGUGCGGUAGGUGGUAUCACCAAAGAAGAGCAGGACAAGCUGCUUGGCGUCGAGGGACUGGAACGUCUCUGCAAGACGUACGGCAGCGCGGACUACCUAGAAAGGGCGAUGCGGGACUGGAGCGACGACGUGUUCUUCCUUGAUCUGUGGGAAGAGCUCAAUGACCGUGCACGGCAAGCAAAGAACAUUGGGAACAUGACGAUCGCCGAUGUUGCGGAACGUACGUCAAGUGCCGUCGGCACAGAUGGCGAUGGCGACGGUGUAGCUCUCUUCGACGAAACGGCAGGCUGGUACUCCCGACUCCGCAUCAGCAGUGAAAAGAUCAUUAGCGACACGUUGAACAACAAUGUGCGGGAGGCGUUGCGGGCCUAUCGACAUAUCAAUCCCUGGGCUUCGCUCACUGGACCCUCAGCCUCAACCGGCGCCACGCUGUCGCCUACUGCGGAGCUUGACCCACUGCUCUCCCAACUGACAACCUCGCUGGGCUUCCUCUCGCAUGCUCUGGCGCCGGCUCCACUGCGCCGCAUUACCAGAACGGUGCUCGCCACCAUCUCCAACACGCUUUGGGAUAACGUUCUCUCACGCCACCGCUUCUCGACCAGCGGUGCUGCCCAAUUGCGAGCCGAUCUUGCAGCCAUAUGUCGGAUCAUUGACGGUGCAGUCGGGCCAGGGGUAGCCGAGGCCGGAUUGAGGAAAUGUCUGGAGGGGGUGCAACUCAUUGGGCUGCCAGUCAAGGGUGGCAAAUCCGAAUCUGUUUCUACGCCUGCGGAGGAAGGCGACGACACAUGGGAUGCGUGGGGCGGGGAAGACGGCGGAGAACCCGAAAGCCCUGUCGCUUCUCCCGCGAAGGUGUCCAAUGCAAUUGCUGGGGAGGAAGAGGAUCUGGGGUUGUGGGAGGUGGAGAAGAGAUUGUUCGCCGAUAACCAGAGCGCCAGAGAGGUAUUGGAGGCUCUUGGCAUCGAAUCAAUCACAGAGGCAGAGGCAAGGACCGUUCUGGGACGGAGAGUCGAGCUGGCUGGGUAG